AUGCCUGCGACUCUAGCAUUGACAGAUGUCCGAAAGCCAAAACAGUUUGUAGGUGGCUACCAUUGGAGAAAUGAUGAGGAAAUCCUUAUUGUCGAAUGGGACGGGCUAUCGAUUCGUAACAUGAGUUCACCACAUGAUAUAAUCUCAGCCUCAAGCUUUCCAUUAGACAUAUUAAGCGCAAGUUCUUACGUACAACCGCUAACAAAGCGCAAUUACCUAGCGGUCUUCGAGCGCGAUGGGGCCUGUAGAAUUAUAAAUGAAAAGCUGGAGAUCGUUGACACAUAUACGGUCGAGAAUCCAGUUCGCAGUCCUUGCUGCUGUUUCGACGAAAGACUGAGUCGCAUGUUUCUUGUAUGGGAUGGUUAUUCGAUAUACCAAUGCGAACUUGAUGGAGAGAAAGAGUUAUUCUUCAGAAAUAUGCGCGCCAUCUACGCCUCCGCUGAGGAAAUCUUACAGAUAGCCCUCAGGUGGGAUAUAACUGACGUAGAUGGAUCGCAGCUCAGUAUUGGAAUUCUUUCUAAAGGUCAGUAUGCUGGACCGUACUACUAUGAGGAGAUACAGGAACCUCUUGAUCAGUCGCAUGCGACACCUUGGGCGGUGUCAACAGAUAUGCUGGAGGUAGGCGUUUUUUCUCGACCCCCGUUUCUGCUUGCGCUCUCCAGCGUGGGAUCAUUUGUGCUAACUCCUAGUGAAACACACUAUUAUGCGGCUCCGUACUUGGCAGCGCGGACUGUGGCAAAACAGGCGAAGUCAUCCGCUACUGAGGCAGGGCCGUUUCCGACUAUCUUGGAUCCCAAACUACAGAUAACAAAUGCCUAUGUUCUGUAUGGAGAAGACUCGCCGAAAAUAUGUGCUGUGACUAACACAGGGAUGUAUUUCGAGUUGCUAUCCAAAUUGGCAUUUGAUUCAAGUGGGGCAAUGCUGUCGCGAAGUCCUUUGGUACUUGGGAAGAACCGUUUGGAGUUUGGGCCAGAGUUGGACUAUUUUUCCCCAAUAGGAAAGGAUCUUAUUCUGGUACAUUCAAGGUUAAACGGUUUGGUAUUAAGGCGGCGGCGGGAUAAUUUCCGUUUAUUCUCAGAGUCAACUAGAACCGAUUCAAUUUUGUUCGCUGGCGUAGCGGGGCCAGAGAUGACCAGUUAUAUGUUUUUCUGCGGAGGUACCUCGCUGAAUAAUGGAUUACUGGAACUUUAUCGAAUGGGAUUUCCAAAUGAGUUUAUUAGACACGACCCCAUAGAUUUUGGAUCUAGCGUGGAGAAAAUGUGGCCUACUACAGAAGGGAUAUACUGGCUUGAUCCUGCAGGCGAUCUCCAUCAAAACUCCAGAAAAGUGCUGAGUAAAGCUGAUGUUCAAGAUAUCCUCCCAAAUGGACAGAUGAUUCUCCGUGAGCUGGACACUAUAGCCGUUUGUACACUGGACGAGAAUAUAUAUGUGCGAUUGGAUUCCAAAUAUGAGCUACAUUGGAGUGACCAUUCGGCUUCAAUCAAGCUAUCUGUUGAAACGCAGCCGCCGACCAGAACUUUCAUGUCUGCAGACUCAGGGUAUCUUGGCUUGUCACUAGACAACAACGUUUACCUGAUUGACAAGGACAAGCAUGUGCAAAUGCUCAGAGUGGAUGCCAAAGAUCCCAUAUUCAGUUUUAAAGUUAAGAUGACCGAGCGUGGGGUCCGCAUCAUGUAUUGUGAUAUUAUGGGUUCCCUAGUAAUCUACAAAGGUCAGAAGCUGCUUGCAAAACUGAAGGUACAUUCAAAAGGCCUACAUAUAUGUCCAAUUGCAUCAAGUGAUAAAGUUUUAUUAUAUCAUGAAACGUCAGUUUACUUGUUCUCAUUGAACGACUUAUCAAUUGGCCAUCUCCCAUUUCCAUGCCAUCCCCGGGAGAUAAAACUUGCCAGUGACGAUUCUUUCUUAGUCACAGACGCCAAUGGACAUAUGUUAGUUGUUCAUUGUAAGGAAAUGCGCAAGUGGAAGCCGCAGCUUGUCCGAACAUCUGAUACCACACCAGGGCUGAUCAGUAAAUGCGUGGUGCCCACCCAUAACCCGUCCUUCAUUGUGGCGACGCUGGUCGCCGACCACUUUGACAGAGAGCUGUCCAAGACUGAAUAUUCAUCACAGCUUGCGGUUUUCAGCUGCCUGGAUGGCAAGUUCACCAGUUUCUAUGACCUUUAUGAGCGAUACCCCAAUGCGAUAAUUACAGAUAUAAUCUCGAUGAACGCCCAGCGACAAAAUGACGCUGAUGAUCUAUUCGAACAGAUGAGCUACGCUAAGAAGCUCGCCCUGAGUAGAUGCGUCUUCGUUUCUGUUAGCUACGAAACAUCCGAAGAAGAUGGCGAUAAUAUAUUCUUGUACUCAGUCGAUGAUUUCACCGGCAACCUGGAGCUGCAAAUGAAGUACAACACACAUUUCCACGUAUCACUCUUGGAAACAUAUCGCGACAAUACCAUACUGGCAAUUGGCGAAUGCUUACAGGCGUUCGUUUUAGACUAUUCGGUAAAAGACAACCGGUUCAUGUUACAGCCGCUCUCCGACGCAGUCGAUGUCGGCGGGGUCCCGAAGGACUGCAGCGUGCUGUGUAUACCAGAUGCCCGGGACUGCAAGCGGAAACGAAGAGCCGAAAGUCACCAAGCCAAACUGGUCAUCCACAACACAAUGAAAGGUUUUCAACAGUUCGAAAUACUGGACAGAAAAUCGAAAAGGCACAGCCAAGCUCAUAGUGAUCGCACGGCUGUACAAAUAUUUUUCAGACCUGUACCUAUCGGCGAGCUGGAUGCCAUUCUGAAGCCUGCAGCAGAGCUUUCCGCGAUCAGCGCAAGUGCAAUAUCGUUUGAAGGCGCAGGCUAUAUCCCCGUUUCCGCUAUUGCAGACGUAGAUAACACAGUGAUACUAAUCCGUCAAGACGCAGCUGACGUGAAAAUAUGUCAGCUGGAAAUACCCCAUCGUGUAACCUCGAUUACUGCCGCACGGCGCAGUCCUAGUUCCGGAAGGCAACCGCACCAACCACCUCUAUUCAAUGAGCUGGAUCCGUUGUUCAUUAUUUCCACUGUGGCUGGAGGGUGCUACUUGGUUUCCGGCCUUUCCGCUAGGUCGCCAGUAGCCGUAAAUACCCGCAUACCAGGAGUGAGCAUAGAUUCCGAUUCCGAACUGCAGAUGUAUCCAUGCAGACCAUCGAUAUUUUCUGACCCCAAGUUUAUUAAAUAA